AUGAUUGAUGAUUGGGCUUACAGCUGCUCAAAGAUUCUUCUUGAAUCAUUGCCUUUGGCUUUUUAUGGCGUCUCUUCACAUUUUUGUGAUCCCAUUGGGUUGAAAGGGUUACAAGUUGGAAAAUUGAAUAAGAUUACCAGAAAACAUGCCAUCAGGAAUAUGGCGGUUCCUAGACAAGCAGAGUUUACCUAUGAAGAUUUACCAGGAAUUGUUAGCUUAGAUUCUCCAGCAGCCUAUUUCUAUUCCACUCUGGCGUUAAUCAGCAGCAAAGAUUUGGGAUCAAAGCUCACUGUGCUUGUGUUCCGUAGAGCCGACUCGUAUUGUUGCCAAAAGCCGUCUCAAGAUAUUCUUUCAUCUCUUGGCUAG